AUGGCGCAAGCGUUAAUGCUGGAGGCUCUUACCACAGCGUUCCUACCACUGGUAGCCUGCAUUCCUCAUUCUUUCCCCGACCAGACUCCUCUGAUAAACCAGCUAGACGCUCCCACGGCAACUAAGGGAGCCCCACUCUGGGCAGUUGCACACCGGGUCUCGUACAUCAAAAGCCUUGAUAUAGCCCUCAGCAAUGGCGCAAAUGCCAUCGAGAUGGACAUGUGCCCCUAUGAGGAGGGGUGGUUUGUGAACCACGACUGUUCAUCACCAAGUGCAUCACCCGAAGGCAAGCAAAGCGCGGCAGACAUGUUCCGAGCCAUCGGGCAGAGAAGAAACGCCAGCGACACGAUGGGAUUUGUUUUUCUGGACCUGAAGAAUCCUAGAUGCUCGAGUUCACCUGCCUGCAGACUAUCCACGCUGCAAAAUCUGGCCCGAAAGUAUCUCGAGCUGUAUGGUGUUCGCGUCCUGUACGCCUUCACAGACCCUGAUAAUAGCGUCGCAUUCCGAUCGAUCGGCGAAUCUUUAACCACUGAUGAAGCUGUGAGUGUUAUUCGACCGUUUGCUGGCGCCGAAAAGAUUUUGAAAAAUUUCGAGGGUCAGGGGAAGCUUAUCCCAACGGCGAAGAGAGUCAUGGACAAAGGCGUGUCAAUCUUCUCUCAGAUGAAGAAAGGGUCCUGCAUCCGCGAUCAGCAGCACGACUUCGCUAGGGUAUUCACCUGGACUACAACAACCGAAACCGGGAACCUUGCAAAUAUGUUGUUGGAGAAAUCCGGCGUCGAUGGCCUGCUGUAUGGACACGGUAUGAAAGAGUAUGAUGCCAGUGCUUGUUCUGCCGCUCUAGAUGUCAUAAAUUGGGUUGAGCGCAAUUCGGAUCACUAUUACAUGGCGACUAAUAGUGACAGGCAAUGGUAA